GUCGUACAGAAUGUCACCUAAAUGACUGAAGGGCUGAUUUGAAGGAUGGCAGCGAGUUCAGAACAACAACAUGGUCAGGCAAAGAAUUCCAUAAACGGACACACUGGAAAUGAGAAAAAUCGAGAUCUAAGAUCCACUGAACUGUACUGCACCUACAGGCUAGCAGAGGUUGGUCGCUUUGAAUCGCCAAAGCUAACAGGCAAAUAUGAAACAGGACAGCUGUUCCUGCACCGAGUGUUUGGGUACCGUGGGGUGGUGCUCUUUCCGUGGCUGGCUCGGGUCUACGACAGAGAUGUCCCGAACAAGAAGGAAUCUAAACCACUAGAUGAGAGCAUGAACUAUAAUCAGGUAGGAAAGGAAGUGAAGGGACGAGCACACACCUAUUAUCAAGUCUUGAUCGACUCCCGAGAUUGUCCUUACAUUAGAGCACAAACAGAAGCUGUAACAUUCCUUGGCAACCAAGACAAUGGAAGGACACUGUAUGCUGUGCCUGGACUGGACUACAUUGGACACGAGGAUGUAAUGCCAUACACAGCCGUUAGCAAGAAGCCCAUCAGGCAUGAUUUGUUUGACAAAUUUCUCUCAUAUUCAUCUGACAAAGAUCCUCCAUUCUGUGCCCGGGACACACUGAUGGCCUGGCAGGAGCGUAACCACCCGUGGCUGGAGCUGUCGGAUGUACACAAGGAAACCACUGAAAACAUCAGAGUCACUGUCAUACCUUUCUAUAUGGGAUGCAGAGAGUCUCAGAAUGCUAAUGUUUACUGGUGGAGGUAUUGUAUUCGUUUAGAAAACCUUGGUGAACUGACAGUGCAGCUCCGAGAAAGACACUGGCGCAUAUUCAGCUUAUCUGGGACCCUGGAGACAGUGCGUGGUCGAGGUGUUGUGGGGCAAGAACCUGUCCUCUCUAACCAGCAGCCUGCUUUUCAGUAUUCUUCACAUGUUUCCCUCCAGGCUCCAUCAGGACACAUGUGGGGCACCUUUAGAAUGGAGAGAGAAGAUGGAUUUACCUUUGAUUGCCGCAUCCCUCCAUUCUCAUUGGAAAGUAAACAGGAUGACAGUUCGCAACCUAGUGGUGUAAUAUAGUGUAAAAAUUAGUCUUUAACCCUUAAGCCCUUCAGUACCAUGACAUGUUUUCAUUUUAAUUUUGGCUACAGCUUUGGAAACUCAUGUGGGAGAUGAAAAAAAAGUGAAGACUGGCCAUUAAGCUUCUGACCUCCAUAGAUCGUUCCUAAUGUCAAUAAAAUAGUCUAAUCACACCAAAAUCUCAAGGUAAAAAUAUGUUUUAGUACUGAAGGGGUUAAGCAACUAUUUUGAUUACAUCAGGUCUGUAUAAACUAAACUAGCUCAUUUAUUUAUGAGUCGGGUAUGUGAUGUAAAAAUAAAAUUAUGCAGCUGGCAGUAUUGACUCAUGGAUACUAGUUAUAAAGAAGAAAAAAAAAAAAAAAAAAAAAUCCUUGCCUUGCCAUUUGCCGUGCUACCAACACUGUUAGUGAGAGAAGUGAAAUUGAAUAUUGUAAUUUCCUGUUGAUCCAGGAUUAAUGUGUUUCAUAAUCAUUCAGAACAUCUUUGUAGCACAUCCCACUCACUCUGCAUGAGGUGCACUGGAGCUGUCUGGUGCUAUUAUGAUGCCAGAUAGCCUCAAGUACAGUACAAAAUGGGGAUGAAAAAAUGGUUCAAUACUUAACAAGUCAUAUUACUAUAUGUAUAAGGCUUUGGCAAAGUUUCUUCCUUUUUUUUUUCCCCCUUCUCCUCCCUCCCUUACAUUACACACACACACACACACACACACACACACACACACACACACACACACACACACACACACACACACACUGUAUAAAGAAAAUGUUUUAUUUAAUUCUCUCCUUGAUGUGGGAAGUGGAUUAUAGGACAUGGUGUGACUUGUUUUGUCACACUUAAUUUUUGUAAUGCUACUUGAAGCUAUUGAGCGACGACGUAUAGGCAAUGUUUUCCUCUCUUCAGAAUAAAAAUGUUUUUAGCAUACCUUGAUUGCAAA